GGAUCUCCAGUUGCACUUCCUCAAAAUCCAGCAAAUAUAAACUCAUACACUGACCUACUUCGACAGCAGAGGAAGGCGGCAUCAGACUCACAGGACUCAAUCAAGCUCUCUGAUUUUAAGGAUGCUGUUGUGUGUGUGUGUGGUGGUGUUGUUGGCGACCCCAGCUCUGAGUUACUUGGAUGAAGCCUCUCUGGACUCUCAGUGGGAGCAGUGGAAACUCACCCACAGGAGAGAAUACAAUGGACUGGGUGAGGAGGGGAUCCGCAGAGCCAUCUGGGAGAAGAACAUGCGUCUGAUUGAAGCUCACAACGAGGAGGCGGCACUGGGCAUCCAGUCCUUCGAGAUGGGGAUGAACCAUCUGGGAGACAUGACGUCAGAGGAGGUGGUCGAUAAGAUGACCGGCCUGCAGAUCCCACUCAACCUGGACCGCAGCUUCACCAUGGCUCUGGACGACCACGUGUCCAAACUGCCCAAAUCUGUCGACUACCGCAAGAAGGGCAUGGUGACGCCAGUGAAGAACCAGGGCUCCUGUGGCUCCUGUUGGGCCUUCAGCUCGGCCGGGGCCCUCGAGGGCCAGUUGGCCAAGCAGACAGGUCAGCUGGUGGACCUCAGUCCCCAGAACCUGGUGGACUGCGUCACAGAGAACGAUGGCUGUGGAGGAGGAUACAUGACCAAGGCCUUCGCCUACGUCCAACAAAACGGGGGCAUCGACUCAGAGGAGGCCUACCCUUACGUUGGAGAGGACCAGUCCUGCCGCUACAAUUCAUCUGGCAUGGCAGCGUCGUGCAAAGGCUUUAAAGAAGUCCCAGUGGGUGACGAGCACGCGCUGGCGGUCGCUCUGUUUAAAGUGGGUCCGGUGUCUGUGGGCAUCGACGCCUCACAGGGCACCUUCCAGUUCUACCAGAGAGGUGUUUACUUCGACCGCAACUGCAACAAAGAUGACAUCAAUCACGCCGUGCUGGCAGUGGGCUACGGCGUCAACACCAAGGGCAAGAAAUUCUGGAUUGUCAAGAACAGCUGGGGCGAGGGCUGGGGCAAUAGGGGCUACAUCAUGAUGGCACGUAACCGCGACAACCUCUGCGGCAUCGCCAACCUCGCCAGCUACCCCAUCGUGUGAGGGCUGAACUCGGGGAAUGACGAUAGAAGAGAAGAGAAGAGAAGACUGCUCGUGAAAAAAGUUCAUUCAAAAUCUCGGCGACUUUAGGAAAAGAAAUGUUUUUAAAUUUGACCUUUUACAGUUUUUGUGAGUGAAUCAUCUCUGGUUAAAGGUUAAACACUUGUGUAUGAGCAUGUUUGGUUAUCUUUGAGUUAUUUGAUGCACUUUGAUCCCUGAAGUCUGCUCAGGUUUACCUCCAAACUAACAACGUACUACAGGGUAUGGUUGUUGUUCCACGAUGCAUUCAGUCUCUGCGGUUUUGUGAGAAAUUUCAAUUCCAGUGUGACAGGAAAACAUUGCUGGGCAAUGGGAACUUUUCCUCUCCUGUUCACACAGUCAUUUCAUGUUGUUCCUCUCGAUCAUCUCUGCCGAGUAUUGUUGUUCACUGUUUUUUGUUCUGUUUGGCACUUUUCUGAUCAUUUUAAAUGUAAACUGGUGUUUUCUAUGAAAUUGAAUAAAGGUUUCAUUUUAAACUGGAA